AUGAACUCCUACCCCGACCUCCAACCCUUCAACUACCCUCAGGCAGCCUUCUUUCACUCAUCGUAUUACACCAACCCGACCUCAACUCAAGCCAACGAACUUCAGCUGUCAGAUGAGGUACCGUCUCCAUCCUACAGUAUCUAUUCGCCGUCGAGUUCGAGUAGCACGGACUCGGUGAAGCCGAAAGAAAGCAAGAUUCUGGGACUGUCGGAACAAGAAUUGGCACGGUUGUCAGUGCGACAGCUGAAUCAGAAACUUCAGGUAGGCUUUGUAGGGUAUUGGUGAGGUUUUGGUUACAAAUUAUGGUGUAAUUACUGUAAAUUGUUGUUACAGUAUCCCUGUUUGCAUGCCGAAUUAUUACAGCAAGUUGACUAUGACAAUGUUUUAUAUUAAGGUGUUAAGCUUUUCGUUUCAGGGCCUAGAUCGUGACACCGUGUCCAUGGUGAAGCAGAAGCGUCGCACGUUGAAGAAUCGUGGCUACGCUUUGAACUGUCGCGUUCGUCGGAUUCGGAAUCAGCUACAAUUGGAAGCGGACAAUGUUUUGUUGCGAGAGAAGUGUCGCCAGCUGGAAUGGGCUGUGCAAGAACUACGACAACGUUUGGCCUUCUACGAGAAUCGACCGGUCGAAAACAAACAGAUGCUACAACAACUGAACGUUCACAGCAAUGCGUGGGCAGGCAGUCAGUAACUGCUCAUCGUUACUAUAAUUUAUGAUUAAAGCAAUGUUAAUAUAUUGUUCACCAUGUUUUUUAUCAUGGUUUACCACGCUCUAUAUUGUUUACCAUCCUCUAUAUAUUAUUUACCAUGCCCAAUAUUUUAAACAUUUUACUCUCUAAUCACUUCAUUUACAAUCUUAACUACUAUCUUACACCAUUUUCUAUGUUAAUCACUAAAUUUUGCAUGUUAUCAUAUGUUAAUCAACUGACUGUUCUCAUCUUUGUUUUUAGUCUAGUCUAACCACAAUUCCUGCCACCGGUUUCUGUUAUCAUCUUCAUCCUAUUUCCUUUGUGAUAUGUUGUAUAAAUAAUAUAAUAAAACCCAGGGAUAAACGGGCCUCGUUUUAAUAAACUUUUACAGACCUUUUAUCGAGUUUUGUUGUUUUAGGUAACAAUUUUGACAGAUUUUUGUGGUUUUCUAAACUAAUGUGACUUGGAAGGUUAUUGUGCUUCCAUUCUUAGAAGAAUAAAUUAACUAUAAAGUCAAAAUAUACCGAUUUAACAUAGUAAAACAAUGUGAUUUCUGUCAUAAAGAACACUGAAGCUAAUAACCGUAGACGUGACAUGUGUAUUAUUGUAACUCUUUCAACCUCAUAGUUAAUUUUUGUUUUUAAGUUGAUUUUUUAUUAUUAUGUUACAGUAAAUAGGCUUAUCAGUGGUCUUUAGAUUACGGAAUUUGACGUAGCGUUCUAAAAGGAAAUAAUUGAGCUGGUACGGCCUGGCACGCUGCUCCUUCCUUAUCAGUGAGUGCAAAGAAGAAACUUUUGUUCUCUACUCUUGCAAGAAUUAUAUGUCAUGAUUAAUAAAACAUAAAUAUUAAUAUAAACUGAAAAUAAAUAAUAUUAAAAUUUAAAAAGUUACCUUGCUCAUCUCAAAAUAUCUCGCAAUCAUAAUUGAAAAAACAGGACAAUUCAAUUAAACUUAAAAACAUUUACCUUUUUUAAUGUCUAAGGUUUUCUAUUUACUCUUUAAUCCUCUGGAAUAAGGCAAUGCAUUGCAAUGUUAUUCUAUGUAAUUGAAAGACUGCAUAUAACUCGGUUUUUUGCGCGAAAAUUCCGUUCAAACUAAUUUUCUUUUUAUUUUUUUUGCGAAUUUUGCUUUGUAAAGAAGAUAGUUUACAAUUUUCGUUGAAUAUCAAUUUUAGGUAAGAAUUUACUUUAAAAAUUUCACUUUGAAUUAUAUAUGUGUAUAUGCUAGUUUUAAAUUUCAGAUAUGGACUAUUGCGAGCUGCUCAAUGAAAAUAUCUGUGGGAUAGGACAAAAACUACAUGAACUGGACAUUCCUCAUGAACUUCACUAUUUUGAUGAGACAAAUGAAUCUGUUCAGGUUUGUAAUUUUAUUGUUUGGUUUUAAGUUUUAGGUACAUCAUUAGUCGAAAGAGACGUUUUGACUUAUAAUAAGAGUAAAGAUGCCAGUAGCUAUCUAAAACAAUCUUUGUGAAUGCCGGCAAAUUUUUAUUAUGCUUUGAAGGGUAACUUUUACUUAAAUAAGCAUUAUAACAUCGGUAUGACAUGAAACCUACCUUUUAUUUUUAGUUAAUCACUUCCUUCUGCCAAGAAACCCAACGAUACCUUUCGAUGUUUCAUGAAAAGCUCUCGGAUAUCAUUCUGAAGCCGACUAUGGAACUGCAACGGCUUCCAGGAUACAAGUCGUACCUUUUAAAGACUUUCACAGACUUUUGUGACGCGAUAGAGGUCAUCAGAUGCGUGCUGGUUAAGGAAUCAACGGACAAAAGCUAUCUCUUGUUACAUGUAGCGGUUUAUAUGAGAAAGUUGGCCGACUUCUUGGCCGAUUACUGCUGGACAAAAGCGCCGCUGAGGUCGCUGGGAAGCUUUGGAAGCUCGGUGAGGUUUUAUUUUAUAGUUUAUUUGGUUUUUAGGUAUGAAAAAUGACGUAGGAGAAAUUUAAAAAUGUGAAAAUAAGGUGCUACUUGUGUAAAAAUUUGCUUUAUCAUUUAGGAGUCGUUAUUUUAGGUAAACUUUAUUGGUUUAAAGUUAAUUUUUAGGUAAUAAAUAACUGUUUUCAGAUAAAAUUUCACAUUUUGAUAAGAGUUUGGCUACUGAUCAUUGAAGUGAUUCAAGUGUUUGGAGCCUUUGCAUCGGAUGAAGAGAUUGAAAAGGUGUGCCAGCUGGACCAUCGAGCUCCAUUCUACCCGAUAAGUGGCCUGUUUGCUACAUUUUUGGUUCAAUUUGCACCUUCACAUGGGGUAAGUUUAUAAAACUUGGAGUAGGACUUGUUUUAAGAAAUUUACUGUAGAAGGUGGAUUUGAGUUAGUUUUAUUAGAAAAUGUUAGUGAUAAAGUUUAAAAUGUUUGACAGUUUUGAGGGUUUUGAAGCAAAUUAAAGGCAGAAUACGAAUUUUAGGUAAUAAAAUUAUAUUUUACAGAAAUCAGCCUUUUCAUGUGAAUGUAUACGAAAAGCUUGGACCAGAUUAGCCAAUUUGAAUGACCAAAUGUUUGUUGAUGGCUUACUGGUUGACUUGAUGGAUACAUACGCGGAUGACAUGUGUUUUCCUCAAAGCUUGGACUUACCUAUGGUACAACAAUUCUUGGAGACUAAAACUGAAGUGGUGGCUCGAAGUUUGACUUCAGUCAUAUGUGAAGUUGUUCCUAAUACGACAUUUGGAAGGUAUGAUCCGAAUAUACCGGUGGAACAGAGAGUUCGUAUGUUUGUGAAGGUAGGUGUAGGCAAUGAUAAUAUUUUUUUAGUUUUUUUUUUGAAUUUUUGAACGCAUUGUUGGGUUUUUUUGUAAAGAUGUAUGUUCAGGUCAAUGAUACUUUAUGUUAGAUGUUUUUUACAUUGUAUGUUUGUAUGACGUUUCGACAGUUCUAAUACGUACUAUAAAAUACGACCUUUCACUACUUUAAGUCAUAAAAAUUUUAUUUUUCAGACGUUUACCCAUUUAAUCGAAGUAAUAAAAAAGAAGAAUGACUUCGCUGAAGACUUUGAAUCAACUGAACUUUUCAUAGGAUGGGCACUCUUUUCUUGGCACCGAAUGCUAACUCAGUACAACAAUAUAGAGCAAUUCGUGGACUCUAAUAUUGUAUUGGAAGCUUUUUUCAACGAGCUAAUCAAGGAGAAUAGUUCUGAAAUUGGUACUGUUGAUGUGGUGGGUUUGUUACUAACAUGCGAUUGGCAAUAUUUAUGUGUCUUCUUAUAUUAUUGUGUAUACUGUGAACAGAAACUGCCAUUGUUUUGAUGUUUCUUAUAACGAGAAGUUUUUGUUUCAACAGCUACGACUAAUUAUAAGUGAUUUAAAGAAUGCAGCGUGGACUAACUAUGGUUUAUAUAAUAUUACAUUUUCAGGACCCACUACCGAGCUCAUUUGUCGAUUUUCCAGCUUACUUUGAGCAGAUGUCGUAUUUAUACAAUGAGUACGACAACUUUUUACGGCAUAAAUGGCAGCUCUUUGUUAAAAUCACAUUGAUUUUGUUUAAAAGUAAGCCGUUUUUAUUGAGUUUAUUACUUAAUUUUGAUGUUUUGUCUUGAUUUUUUUACUUUUGUUAAUCCCAUGUUAGUGUGUACUCAAGAAGGUUGCCAAAACUGUGUUAUAAAACUGAUUUUUUGCUUUUAGAUUCAAUGGUAUGGACUGACAGUCAAGCCUUCAUCAUAAACAAGUUCACAUCGCUACAAUUGGCUAGGAAAAUGGACGAAACCAACACGAAUAGACUAUUCUCGCUGUGGUCAUGUCAUGCCAAAUCAACUGAUUACGAGACGAUAACACAAUUUAUAGAGAAACGAGAACAGAUGGCAACUCACGGCACGGCCCAGAAACAGCAAAUCUACAUAAACUCGCUGAUCUACUUGUUCAUCUUGGGAUCGGAGAAGGAGUUGGGGGUUACUGUACUCAAAAAGGCUUUGCAAUGUAAGAUCAAGGUUUUGAAGGAAAAUAGAUGUUUUAACAUUUUAUUCUUUUAUUUGGCUGUUUUUUGCUAAAUUUGACGUAUUUUCAGUGGUAAAAGAAUACGCUCCAUCACGCCCCAUCUUCAGGACAACACUCAUUGAAUUGCUAGUCUACGCAGCGACUGAAAUGGCUGACCAUCCGACUAGUACAGACAUAUUCCAACUGGCCGAUCAAGUAUCGAAGCACUUCAACGAUCUUGAAAUAGAAAAACUGAUUGAAAAGCUUCGAGACGCUCACAAAUGUCCUGGAUUCUUGACGAAUGAAGUUAAGAAGAGGUGGACACCUUCUGGAGACAAGGCAUAUAUUGCACUGGAGUUCAUGUUGACACAGGUAAGGGAUUGACAUCUUUUGUGUACUACUUAUUUUUGAAUUUUAAAUUUUCCUUGAGGCUCUUUUAGAUUAAAAACGAUAUAUCACCACCAUCAAGGUCGAAGCGUCUAGAUCAACUGUUGAAUGAAGCCACAAACGGAAUCCGAGUGUACCCAUUGAUUCAUACUGCCAAAAUACUAAAAACUCAGUUCGAAGAGCUGAAACAGAACAACAUUCAAGAUGCUAUUCCAAGAGCAAACUUGGUCAAAGCAUAUCUGUUGGUGAUAUUGGAUAAGCAAAGUGAUCAAGGUGAGCUUUGAGGGAAUAUUUAUUGGCUUUAGGUAACUAUAAAGGAAAUAUCUUACAACAUUCUUGUUUGAAAUCGUUCUUAAUUGCUAUUUUUAAAGGUUUUGUCAUCAUAUUGAAUUGUCCGAAUAUGAAUGAGCCAAAAUGUUCAAAGUUUGGCGUUUUGAAUGGCUCAUCCAUAUUAGGACAACCUAUUAAUAUUGUUAUUGGGCUUUUUUGGAUUGUUAAAUUUGAAAAAUAUAUUGUUCAUGAAUUUAUGGUUCUUAUUUGGUCAAAAAAGUGUUUUGAAAUGGGUUAUGUUAAGAUUUUUAAUUUAAGAUUAAAAAAUGUUGAUUAUAGUUUAUUUAUUGCCUGAUUAAAAAGAUGUUGUUUUAGAGUUAGACGACCUCGUUCUGGAGUAUUUUGAGCCUAUUAUCAGCAAGUUCGGAGUAGAUUUGAGAGAAUUAGAGGCAAAUGAAGGUGACCUGAAGAGCUUUGUUUUGAUUUUAAAGGUAAGUGAUAUGUUUUUUUUGAAAUUUUCGAAGUUUUUAAUAAAAUUAGGAUUUAAAACAACUAAAUAUAAUUUAAAGAUGUAAAACAAUGUAAAUCCUUUAUUUUUACAGGCAUAUGCCAAAAUCUACGACCUCCAGAAGGCAUGGGCCGAGAAACGUAUAGAUGAAGUGUUAUCAUGCCAGUUCAUCCAACAGAUUAUGAAGGUUCACAGGCAAUUCAAGUCGGACACCAUCAACAACAUGAUCUUGAACAUCUUUGGUGUCAUUUUCAAACAAAUUGGCACCAUUUUAACCAUUAAAUUGGAGCAGAAAAUCAUGGGAUUGUCAUCAAUACCUAUAUACAACAUGGUCGACUUCGGCGUUAAAAUUGUGAGUUUUAGUUUUGGAUUAAUUGGAGCUUAAUAGAAAAAUGGCAAGAAUUUUCUUUCCAAAACAAGAAGUAACACUUCCUGUAUAAAUAUAAAACAUGCUUUCAGUUAGAAUCCUCUACCAUGACAUCAAGCCUAACAACAGCUGCGCUAAACUUCCUAGAAGCAUAUUUGGGUAUACCAAGGAUAAUAUCACUAUUGCCAGCUCGCCUAACAGCCUCAUUGGCAACGAGAUGUGACAAAAUAUUGGAAAAGGAACAGAAAUGUGUAUUGGCCGAUCUUCUUCAACCCUAUUUGGGCUUUAAUCAACUUGAUGAACAACUCAAAAGGACGUUGAGUGAGGAUCUCAAAGACAUGUUACUGUUUUAA